CCCGUUGCAGGUCAGGAGUUACGAACAGACUCACACUCUCCGCUCGUUCACAUAACAUUAACACAUUAUCGAAACGGUAGCGUGUUUUUAAAUGCCCCGUUUUACUCGUUACGUCAGGACUUUGAAACAAUGCGGCUAAGUGUUGUUCGGCCGACUCUCUGAGAUGGAGAAAACCUCAGCAGAAGAUGACUGCGUGGAUUCAGGAGCCGAAACUGGAGGGUCUGAUUACAGUCCCUUGUCCUCAACAAGCAGUGAGUUAUCCAUGGGCGAGCUCCAGGAUCCCUUCCUUGUCAGUGUCCAUCUCAUCGCCGACCCCGGCCAGGGCAAGUUCCUGCAGCAUGCUGCCGACGCUGUGCUGGCGUGGGUUCACCCUGAGCUGCAGCUCUUCAGAGUCUCAGAGCGGGCCUCGGUCUCCCAGCGGCCCUGGCCCAAGCACCAUCCAAACAGCAGCCUGACAGCGGCAUGCCAGCCGGCCUUAGCCGUCAUCGUCUUCCUCCAGGAGGCAUAUGGUGGCGAGGAGCAGAUACUGAUGCUGCACCGCGCUCUGCAGAGGCCGCCCUGGCGAUACCACCACACUGAAAAAGUCAGCAACGGCCGGCGGAUGUUACCCCUGACACCGUGCAGUCAGGACUUUUUCACUCUGUCUCCUGGAACCCCGCUCUGGGCCGUGCGACAGGUGCAUUAUGGGAAAGAAAUAGUGCGAUUUACUGUUUAUUGCCGACAUGAAAAUUAUGUCGACAUGGUGCGGCUGUACAAGCUGCUGCUUCAGCGGAGGGUGGCGCAGAAGAAGGAGGACUUUUGCUUCUUUGUGGUGUACUCCAACCCAGACAUGGAGAUCCAGUUGUCAUUUAAGAGGCUCCCGCGAGGUCAGGGUCCACUGGUGCUGGAGUCGGCCGUGAUGGAGGUGAGGGUACGGGACGUCGGAGCGCUGGUGCCCCUGCUGCCACACCCCUGCAGCCCAAUCAGUGAGGUCCGCUGGCAGACGGAGGACUACGAUGGAAAUAAGAUCCUCCUGCAGGUUCAACGUGCACAUUUCAAACACAGACACGAUCCCUGCCACUUAUCAUCCAGUGUCACCGAAUCAGCCUCGGCUCCAUCCACCUUCACCCGCAGCGCCUCCUCUUACAGGAACCGCCGUUAUCAUCACCGAGUGACAUCCCAUCCCAGAGCGCACCAGACCUCCCACAUCUCCCUCCCUCUGGCCUGCGAGGAGCAGGAUGAGCAGGAGCAGUGGCCUGAGCGGCACCACCCUGACAGCUGGAGGACCCAGUGGAGGGGCCACCAGUCCGGGUCCCUCUUCUCUCUACCCAACGUUGGCUCAGCCAGCUCCCGCUCCACCUGCUCCUCUCCUGGACCUUCCCCCAGCCCCCAUUACAGGAGUCACUCCCUUAACAGGCGCUCCUCCCUCAUCCCGCCCUUCCGGCUCAACGUGGAUGCUCUGGUUGGGGCAGAGGAGACGGAUGUGGACACAGGGAACAAAGUGAAACCAGUCGGCAAUGUGGACCUUACAGUGGUGUCUGCCUACAUCAAUUCCAGCCUGCCACAGAUUUGUCGGCCGUUAUCGGCACCACCCGAAGACAUCGGACCCUCCCUCUCACCUGGCAUCCCAGAGAACACCUACAAGGCAGCCACACUGAGCCGGAUCCCACACAGCUUCUCCACCAGCAGCACUCCCUCUACUUUCCUGGGGUCAUGCCCCCAGAGCACCGGUGUGACCACAAGUGCGGCUCCAUCCCUGAGCGAUGUCUCCAUGAACCAGUCUGACAGCUGCAGCGUUAUUAGUGCACCAAUUGAAGAGGCGGACAAGGCAGAAGAAGAAGAGGACCAAGAAUUCUACAUUUGAUUGACGCAGUCUCACCAGUAAUGACUUGUCUUCAGGACUUGCACCGUCAAAACGGCUCCACUCUGCGCUCUGGUGUUUGAGAGUAAAACUACAGGCCAGUGUCAGUAUAAACUGGAGCACAGCACAAACUGUAUUUAAUGUUCUUGUUUAUUUGUGAAUGUUGCUUUUUUUUUGCAUGUAGAUUCAAGCUUUGUAAAUGUCAGGUCAUAUAAGUAAAU